CGCCACGAUUUGGAAGCAAGCAGGCAGCCAGACUCCGACGGCGGCGCGCUCCUGUUCUUACUGGGCUGGGGUUUCUUCGGGGAACGGAGGCCCCUCGGGGCGGAGCGCUGCGGUUUGCCACAGCUCGCCUGGGGCUGUGCCUUCCCAGACCCCGGCUCUCUCGAUUUGAUUGGGGUGCCUCCGUCUUCAGAAGCCGCUCUCUGGGGAGGAGAGACGGAGCUGGCGGGCGAGGCGGCUCUGUGCGCCUUGGAGAGGAGGAGGACCCCCUGCUUCCUCGCCGCGUGGCAAGGCGGCCGGCGCUCUGGCCCAGUCUGGAGGAAGAGCCGUCGGGGACCAUGAGGGGCCAGAAUCCUGCCCUCGGCUUGCUGCUCUUCCUGGGGUGUCUGCAGAGGAGCUUCGCGCCGCCUCCCCAGGGGCCAGCUCUUUCGCCUCAGUCUUGUGACCCCCGUGAGAAGUGGUACUACGACCAGAAGUCCCAGAAAUGCUGCUUUCGUUGCCAAAUGGGAUACAUCCCGAAGAAGGAAUGCCCUACAGAUCCCGUUGAAGACUGCAUAAAGCGAUGCCAACCCAAUCAGUUCCUGAACCAGCAGUUCGCGAAACCGCGCUGCCAGAUCUGUAUGACCUGCACCCCAGAGCACAAUCUGGUUCAGGAGUCCCCAUGCAGCGAAUACUCCAAUGCGAAGUGCGCCUGCCAGCCGGGGAUGUCUUGUACGCAGCCGAUACAUAAUUCGUGUGCGGAGUGUUCCCCUGUGACCUCCCAGAUCACCUGUGAGCCGGGCUUUAGAGUCAAACCCACAGGCACCCCCGAAUGUGAACAGUGCCCUCCGGGGUCUUUCUCUGCCCAGGUUUCGAGUUCCAAGGAAUGCAAGUCUCACACCAAUUGUGCCAAGAUGAACAAGGUCACCACCCACAGAGGGAACUCCACACACGACACACGCUGCGCAGACGUGUCUUUGAACCCUGCUACAGAGCCAGCCCGGGCGCUCACUCCAAAAGGAGGCGGUGCGUCUACUCUUGGGGUCACGGCCACCAGACACCCAUUCAGCACCAGCCAUGUGGCCGGCCCCCAGCCUGCAGAGAGACCUCCAAAGAACGAUGAUGACCAUGCGACCAUCGCGGGGGUGGUCCUCUUCUCCGUCCUGGUGCUCCUGGCUGCCUUGCUCGUCCUGAGGCGGAGGAGAGUGUGCAGGAAGUGGAUCAUCCCCCACAAAAUAAAGAUCCAAAACCAGGCAAAGAUCUGUGCUAAGAGGAUUCGUGCGCCCAGCCUGGCAGGCCAAGCCUCGGGAGAGGGAGAACUGAAGGACCUCGAAACCCUUCAGGAUGCCCCCAAGAACGCCUCCCUCUUGGAAAUGGACGUUGCCUCUGAGCUGAUUCCCGAAAGCGCCGAGCUGGUUCAGGCAGAUGGUGGAGCAUCCGCAGAACCUGAUCUGCGGAGCCAUACCAGCAACCACAUUGAAAAAAUCUACAUCAUGCGAGCUGGAACGGUGAUUGUGGGAUCUGUUUCGGAAGUGCCUGCUGGGAAAACCUGCUCCGCUAAAGAUGAAGACGGAAGUGCUGGGGGCCAAGAGGAACCUGGGAGAAAGGAAAUGGUGGUACACUAUCCGGAACAGGAAACGGAAUUCUAUCCAAGAAGUGACAUCACAACCCCCGUAGAGGAAGAGUGGGAAUUCAACCAUUCUACUGAGAAGCCUCUGACGAUAUAGAAGGAAAGUUUUUUUAAAAGUCCUGCUGUACUUCUCAACGUGAAUUCUCGGGGAAAACACUUUUAAUUGGGAAAGGGCUCAACGAACUUGGCUGAGUGUCGGCCUCACAUCAGUGUUAUGAAACAAUACCACAGAUGUAUUUAUAGGAAGAGAGGAUACGUUCCCUUCUGGUUUAUAAAUGGGAGAUUAUUUGAUGAGCUCAAUUAUUAUUAUUUUAAUGGAAGUCCUUUGACAAAGGUGCUUUCGGUAGGUUUUCUGGUGCUUUCUGGGAAGUGUGAUCUUGAUUACUUACAAAUUUGUGGAGAGAAAAUUCCCAAGCAGACUCUCGAAGCUCAAAAUCCUU